AUGUGUUGUCAAGGACUGUUCGGCACGAUAGACGCUGGUAUGAUCACACCAAGUGCUGGGAAGAUCACCAACCGGAAGGGUAAAGGUAGAGGGCGCCAAGGUGGUAACACUGGUGCAGGUGGAGGUAACAUGAAACGUGAAGACGACGAUGACAAUGGUGUGGCCAAUAAGGAGUUCUUUUUGCCUGUACAUGCUGUUUCCAAUAACCCAGGAGGUCCUGCCUUAAACUUGAACAUCCAUAAAACCCUGGUGGAACAGCACACACCAGAGAUAGUUCUCCGUGGACUCGUGAAUAACACUGACAUUGAAAAGCUUUUCGAGUAUCAUAUUUUGGAAGCAAAUCAAUCCAUUCAUUGGCCUCCUUGA